UUCACAAAAAAUCUUAAUGAUUUCACAGGAUCACUGGUGACAACGUCACCAUCAACAACUGCACUACAAACAACUGCAGCAUUCACAUCAUCUCCACAAACAACACAAUCACCGAGUUCAUCCACAGCAUCAACAACAGCAGCACCAAUCACAACUACAGCACCAAUCACAACGGUAGGAACAACCACUCUUGCAGCACUGACUUCAACAGUGGCACAAACCACAACCAUUGGUCCACCAUCAACUGUAGUGACAACGUUAGCACCAUCCACAACUGUUGCUUCAACGACAACUGCAGCUCCAACAACUAAUUUUCCAAGCUCACCUGCAGCAACAACUAUAUCUCCAACUACAGCUGCUGCAUCAACAACUACAGCACCUUCCACAACUUCAGUACCAACCACAACUGUUUACCUGAGCACAACUGCUAUACCAACAACUGUUGCACCAACCACAACUGUUUACCUGAGCACAACUGCUAAACCAACAACUGUUGCUCCAACCACAUCUGCGCCAACUACAACUCCUGGCCAAACCACAGCAGCUGGUCCAAGCACAACUGCUGCACCAACAACUGUUGCUUCAACCACAACUGCUGCACAAACUACAACUUCUGCAGGAAUCACAACAGCAGGUACAACGACAUCCGCAAUACCAACAACGGUUGCUCCAAGCACAACUGCUACACCAACAACAACUGCUGGCCUAACCACAACAGCAGGUCCAACGACAACUGGAUCACCAACAACUGUUGCUCCAACAACGACUCCUCCACCAACAACUCCUGGCCAAACGACAACAGCUAAUCCAAGCACAACUGUGGCACCAACAACUGUUGCUCCAACCACAACUGCUACACAAACAACUGCUACUCCAAACACGACUCCUCCACCAACAACUCCUGGCCUAACCACAACAGCAGGUCUAACAACAACUGGAUCACCAACUGUUCCUCCAACCACAACUGCUGCAUUAACAACUGCUGAACUUUCCACAACUGCUGCACCAACCACAGCUGUUUAUUCAAGCACAACUGCUACACCAACGACUGUUGCUCCAACAACAUCUGCUGCGCCAACUACAACUCCUGGCCUAACCGCAACGGCUAAUCCAACAACUGCAGCAUCAACAACUGUUGCUCCAACCACAGGUUUGGUAAUAACCACCGCAGUACCCUCCACAACUCCAGCACCAACUUCUAUUACUCCAGCCACGACUCCUACACCAACUACAACACUAAGCCUAACCACAACAGCGGGUCUAACCACAACUGGUUCACCAACAACUGGUGCUCCAUCCACAACUCCACCAACAACUCCUGGCCAAACCACAACAGCUGGUCCAAGCACAUCUGCGGCAGCAACAACUGUUGCUCCAACCACAACUGGUGCACUAACAACUGUUGCUCCAACCACGACUCCUCCACCUGGUCCAAGCUCAACUGCGGCACCAACAACUGUUGCUCCAACCACAACUGGUGCACUAACAACUGUUGCUCCAACUACGACUCCUCCACCAACUACAACUCCUGGCCAAACCACAACAGCUGGUCCAAGCACAUCUGCAGCACCAACAACUGUUGCCCCAACAACAACUGCUGCACUAACAACUGUUACUCCAACAACGACUCCUCCACCAACAACUCCUGGCCAAACCACAACAGCUGGUCCAAGCACAUCUGCGGCACCAACAACUGUUGCCCCAACCACAACUGGCACACUAACAACAGUUACUCCAGCCACGAAUCCUCCACCAACUACAACUGUAAGCCUAACCACAACAGCAGGUAUAACCACAACUGUAUCACCAACAACUGGUGCUCCAUCCACAACUCCACCAACAACUCCUGGCCAAACCACAACAGCUGGUCCAAGCACAUCUGCGGCAACAACAACUGUUACUCCACCCACAACUGCUGCACUAACAACUGCUACUCCAACCACGACUCCUCCACCAACAACUCCUGGACAAACCACAACAGCUGGUCCAAGCACAUCUGCGGCACCAACAACUGUUGCUCCAACAACUGUUGCUCCAACCACAACUGGUGCACUAACAACUGUUGCUCCAACCACGACUCCUCCACCAACUACAACUCCUGGCCAAACAACAACAGCUGGUCCAAGCACAUCUGCGGCACCAACAACUGUUGCCCCAACCACAACUGGGGCACUAACAACAGUUACUCCAGCCACGACUACUCCACCAACUACAACUGUAAGCCUAACCACAACAGCAGGUAUAACCACAACUGUAUCACCAACAACUGGUGCUCCAUCCACAACUCCACCAACAACUCCUGGCCAAACCACAACAGCUGGUCCAAGCACAUCUGCGGCACCAACAACUGUUGCUCCAACCACAACUGGCGCACUAACAACAGUUAGUCCAACCACUACUGCUCCACCAACUACAACUCCUAGCCAAACCACAACAGCUAUUCCAAGCACAACUGCGGGACCAACAACUGUUGCUCCACCCACAACUGCUGCACUAACAACUGCUACUCCAACCACGACUCCUCCACCAACAACUCCUGGCCAAACCACAACAGCUGGUCCAAGCACAUCUGCGGCACCAACAACUGUUGCUCCAACAACUUUUGCUCCAACCACAACUGGUGCACUAACAACUGUUGCCCCAACCACGACUCCUCCACCAACUACAACUCAUGGCCAAACCACAACAGCUGGUCCAAGCACAUCUGCAGCACCCACAACUGUUGCCCCAACCACAACUGGUGCACUAACAACAGUUACUCCAGCCACGACGCCUCCACCAACUACAACUGUAAGCUUAACCACAACAGCAGUUAUAACCACAACUGUAUCACCAACAACUGGUGCUCCAUCCACAACUCCACCAACAACUCCUGGCCAAACCACAACAGCUGGUCCAAGCACAUCUGCGGCACCAACAACUGUUGAAUCAACCACAACUGGCGCACUAACAACUGUUAGUCCAACCACUACUCCUCCACCAACUACAACUCCUAGCCAAACCACAACAGCUAUUCCAAGCACAACUGCGGGACCAACAACUGUUGCUCCACCCACAACUGUUGCACUAACAACUGCUACUCCAACCACGACUCCUCCACCAACAACUCCUGGACAAACCACAACAGCUGGUCCAAGCACAUCUGCGGCACCAACAACUGUUGCUCCAACAACUGUUGCUCCAACCACAACUGGUGCAUUAACAACUGUUGCUCCAACCACGACUCCUCCACCAACUACAACUCCUGGCCAAACCACAACAGCUGGCCCAAGCACAUCUGCGGCACCAACAACUGUUGCCCCAACCACAACUGGCGCACUAACAACAGUUACUCCAGCCACGACUCCUCCACCAACUACAACUGUAAGCCUAACCACAACAGCAGGUAUAACCACAACUGGAUCACCAACAACUGGUGCUCCAUCCACAACUCCACCAACUACAACUCCUGGCCAAACCACAACAGCUGGUCCAAGCACAUCUGUGGCACCAACAACUGUUGCUCCAACCACAACUGGCACACUAACAACUGUUACUCCAACCACUAGUCCUCCACCAACUACAACUCCUAGCCAAACCACAACAGCUAUUCCAAGCACAACUGCGGGACCAACAACUGUUGCUCCACCCACAACUGCUGCACUAACAACUGCUACUCCAACCACGACUCCUCCACCCACAACUUCUGGCCAAACCACAACAGCUGGUCCAAGCACAUCUGCGGCACCAACAACUGUUGCUCCAACCACAACUGGUGCACUAACAACUGUUGCUCCAACCACGACUCCUCCACCAACGACAACUCCUGGCCAAACCACAACAGCUGGUCCAAGCACAUCUGCGGCACCAACAACUGUUGCCCCAACCACAACUGGCACACUAACAACAGUUACUCCAGCCACGACUCCUCCACCAACUACAACUGUAAGCCUAACCACAACAGCAGGUAUAACCACAACUGUAUCACCAACAACUGGUGCUCCAUCCACAACUCCACCAACAACUCCUGGCCAAACCACAACAGCUGGUACAAGCACAUCUGCGGCACCAACAACUGUUGCUCCAACCACAACUGGCGCACUAACAACAGUUAGUCCAACCACUACUCCUCCACCAACUACAACUCCUAGCCAAACCACAACAGCUAUUCCAAGCACAACUGCGGGACCAACAACUGUUGCUCCACCCACAACUGCUACACUAACAACUGUUGCUCCAACCACGACUCCUCCACCAACAACUCCUGGCCAAACCACAACAGCUGGUCCAAGCACAUCUGCGGCACCAACAACUGUUGCUCCAACCCUACUCCAGCCACGAAUCCUCCACCAACUACAACUAACCACGACUCCUCCACCAACUACAACUCCUGGCCAAACCACAACAGCUGGUCCAAGCACAUCUGCAGCACCAACAACUGUUGCUCCAACAACCUUUGCUCCAACCACAACUGGUGCACUAACAACUGUUGCCCCAACCACGACUCCUCCACCAACUACAACUCCUGGCCAAACCACAACAGCUGGUCCAAGCACAUCUGCAGCACCCACAACUGUUGCGCGGACCACAACUGGCACACUAACAACAGUUACUCCAGCCACGACGCCUCCACCAACUACAACUGUAAGCUUAACCACAACAGCAGUUAUAACCACUACUGUAUCACCAACAACUGGUGUUCCAUCAACAACUCCACCAACAACUCCUGGCCAAACCACAACAGCUGGUCCAAGCACAUCUGCGGCACCAACAACUGUUAAUCCAACAACUGUUGCUCCAACCACAACUGGUGCACUAACAACUGUUGCUCCAACCACGACUCCUCCACCAACUACAACUCCUGGCCAAACCACAACAGCUGGUCCAAGCACAUCUGCGUCACCAACAACUGUUGCCCCAACCACAACUGGCGCACUAACAACAGUUACUCCAGCCACGACUCCUCCACCAACUACAACUGUAAGCCUAACCACAACAGCAGGUAUAACCACAACUGGAUCACCAACAACUGGUGCUCCAUCCACAACUCCACCAACUACAACUCCUGGCCAAACCACAACAGCUGGUCCAAGCACAUCUGUGGCACCAACAACUGUUGCUCCAACCACAACUGGCACACUAACAACUGUUACUCCGACCACUAGUCCUCCACCAACUACAACUCCUAGCCAAACCACAACAGCUAUUCCAAGCACAACUGCGGGACCAACAACUGUUGCUCCACCCACAACUGCAGCACUAACAACUGCUACUCCAACCACGACUCCUCCACCCACAACUUCUGGCCAAACCACAACAGCUGGUCCAAGCACAUCUGCGGCACCAACAACUGUUGCUCCAACCACAACUGGUGCACUAACAACUGUUGCUCCAACCACGACUCCUCCACCAACUACAACUCCUGGCCAAACCACAACAGCUGGUCCAAGCACAUCUGCGGCACCAACAACUGUUGCCCCAACCACAACUGGCACACUAACAACAGUUACUCCAGCCACGACUCCUCCACCAACUACAACUGUAAGCCUAACCACAACAGCAGGUAUAACCACAACUGUAUCACCAACAACUGGUGCUCCAUCCACAACUCCACCAACAACUCCUGGCCAAACCACAACAGCUGGUCCAAGCACAUCUGCGGCACCAACAACUGUUGCUCCAACCACAACUGGCGCACUAACAACAGUUAGUCCAACCACUACUCCUCCACCAACUACAACUCCAAGCCAAACCACAACAGCUAUUCCAAGCACAACUGCGGGACCAACAACUGUUGCUCCACCCACAACUGCUACACUAACAACUGCUACUCCAACCACGUCUCCUCCACCAACAACUCCUGGCCAAACCACAACAGCUGGUCCAAGCACAUCUGCGGCACCAACAACUGUUGCUCCAACCACAACUGGUGCACUAACAACUGUUGCUCCAACCACGACUCCUCCACCAACUACAACUCCUGGCCAAACCACAACAGCUGGUCCAAGCACAUCUGCAGCACCCACAACUGUUGCCCCAACCACAACUGGCACACUAACAACAGUUACUCCAGCAACGACGCCUCCACCAACUACAACUGUAAGCUUAACCACAACAGCAGUUAUAACCACAACUGUAUCACCAACAACUGGUGUUCCAUCCACAACUCCACCAACAACUCCUGGCCAAACCACAACAGCUGGUCCAAGCACAUCUGCGGCACCAACAACUGUUGCAUCAACCACAACUGGCGCACUAACAACUGUUAGUCCAACCACUACUCCUCAACCAACUACAACUCCUAGCCAAACCACAACAGCUAUUCCAAGCACAACUGCGGGACCAACAACUGUUGCUCCACCCACAACUGCUGCACUAACAACUGCUACUCCAACCACGACUCCUCCACCAACAACUCCUGGCCAAACCACAACAGCUGGUCCAAACACAUCUGCGGCACCAACAACUGUUAAUCCAACAACUGUUGCUCCAACCACAACUGGUGCACUAACAACUGCUACUCCAACCACGACUCCUCCACCAACUACAACUCCUGGCCAAACCACAACAGCUGGUCCAAGCACAUCUGCGGCACCAACAACUGUUGCCCCAACCACAACUGGCGCACUAACAACAGUUACUCCAGCCACGACUCCUCCACCAACUACAACUGUAAGCCUAACCACAACAGCAGGUAUAACCACAACUGGAUCACCAACAACUGGUGCUCCAUCCACAACUCCACCAACUACAACUCCUGGCCAAACCACAACAGCUGGUCCAAGCACAUCUGUGGCACCAACAACUGUUGCUCCACCCACAACUGGCACACUAACAACUGUUACUCCAACCACUAGUCCUCCACCAACUACAACUCCUAGCCAAACCACAACAGCUAUUCCAAGCACAACUGCGGGACCAACAACUGUUGCUCCACCCACAACUGCUGCACUAACAACUGCUACUCGAACCACGACUCCUACACCCACAACUUCUGGCAAAACCACAACAGCUGGUCCAAGCACAUCUGCGGCACCAACAACUGUUGCUCCAACCACAACUGGUGCACUAACAACUGUUGCUCCAACCACGACUCCUCCACCAACUACAACUCCUGGCCAAACCACAACAGCUGGUCCAAGCACAUCUGCGGCACCAACAACUGUUGCCCCAACCACAACUGGCACACUAACAACAGUUACUCCAGCCACGACUCCUCCACCAACUACAACUGUAAGCCUAACCACAACAGCAGGUAUAACCACAACUGUAUCACCAACAACUGAUGCUCCAUCCACAACUCCACCAACAACUCCUGGCCAAACCACAACAGCUGGUCCAAGCACAUCUGCGGCACCAACAACUGUUGCUCCAACCACAACUGGCGCACUAACAACUGUUACUCCAACCACUACUCCUCCACCAACUACAACUCCUAGCCAAACCACAACAGCGGGUCUAACCACAACUGGAUCACCAACAACUGGUGCUCCAUCCACAACUCCACCAACAACUCCUGGCCAAACCACAACAGCUGGUCCAAGCACAUCUGCGGCACCAACAACGCUUGCUCCAACCACAACUGGUGCACUAACAACUGUUGCUCCAACCACGACUCCUCCACCCUGGUCUAACCACAACUGGAUCGCCAACAACUGGUGCUCCAUCCACAACUCCACCAACAACUCCUGGCCAAACCACAACAGCUGGUCCAAGCACAUCUGCGACACCAACAACUAUUGCUCCAACCACAACUGUAUCACCAACAACUGGUGCUCCAUCCACAACUCCACCAACAACUCCUGGCCAAACCACAACAGCUGGUCCAAGCACAUCUGCGGCACCAACAACUGGUGCUCCAUCCACAACUCCACCAACAACUCCUGGCCAAACCACAACAGCUGGUCCAAGCAUAUCUGCGGCACCAACAACUUUUGCUCAAAGCACAACUGCCACGACUCCUCCACCAACUACAACUCUAAGCCUAACUACAACAGCGGGUCUAACCACAACUGGAUCACCAACAACUGCAGCAACAUCAGCCCCAUCCCUCACUUCUAUGCCAGGCUCAACCACAGCCGCAGGACUCUCCAAAACCUCUCCCCCAGCCACACCAACCUCCGCAGCAACCACAACAUUGGCACUCACAACAGCCGGAGUAUUGACUGCAGCAACAACCCCUGCCUCUCUAACUACAAGCGCAGUUAUGACUGCAACUGCAGCCACAGUUACCCCGGUGGCAUUAGUGACAUCUGCAACUACUGCUAUUGGGACAGCUGUUGCACCAACAACUAUUGCACCAAUAACCGCUACAGCACUGACAACUACAACAUCACCGUUGAGCACAACGGCAACUUCAGGAGUCGUGCAAACAACUGCCCCAUCGACGUCAACUGUACCCAUCACCACAGCAAUCCUAACGACCUCACUAACAUCAUCUGUAGGUUCAACAACAGCAGCUCCACCAACCUCUGGAUCCACAACAGCCACCACUACUGUUCUACUCUCCACGACCACUUCAGGUACUGUGCAAACUGCGCAAAUAUCUACAACUACGUCAGGAAACCCAACAACCACAAUUGA